CUGCACGGCAACGCAGUGGAGCUGGAGGCGUUGAAGAAACAGCUCCGUUUAGUGCAAAUCUCACGUGAAAGCGCACAAGAAUCUCUUUUCAAAGUAGAGGCUGAACGAGACCAUCUCAAAGAAUCUCUGGAACGUCUCACUGAAGAGAAUCUCGCUUUCAAAACAACGGUAAAUUGA